AUGUCCGCGCCUGGAGCUGGUCACGAGUUCCCUUCCAAAGAGGUCUCUUGGCAGAAGCGCGAUGUUCUACUGUUCGCCAACAGCAUUGGCAUCAAGGCCGACGAGCUGCACUUCCUCUACGAGCUGCACCCGAAUUUCUCUGUUUUCCCAACCUACUCGCUCAUUCUCCCGUUCAAGCUCACUGACCAAGAGGUGACUGAUUUCUACGCACGCCAGCAGGCCACUCACAUUCCUGGUGUUCCCCAGUUGGAUCACCGUCACGGUGUUGAUGGUCAGCGCAAGCUCACAGUCCUGAAGCCACUCCCCCCUACUAGCGCCGGACGCAAGUUCGAGCUGCGCAACAAGGUUAUCGGUGUCUAUGAUAAGGGCAAGCCCGGCACUGUUAUUGAAACUGAGCAAUCGAUUGUGGACGCUGAGAGCGGCGAGGUGUACUCCAAGGUUCUGUCCAGCGGCUUCUUGGUUGGCCAGGGUGGCUGGGGCGGUCCCAAGGGGCCCUCUUCUGUUAACUUUCCCCCUCCCCAGGGGAAGACCCCUGAUGCCGUCCAUGUUGUGCAGAGCAACAUGGAGACUGCCCACUUGUACCGAUUGAACGGCGACUACAACCCUUUGCAUGCCACUCCCGAGCCUGGCCAGAAGAUGGGCUUCGGCGGCAUUAUCAUCCACGGCCUGUUCAGCUGGAACUCUGCCGCCCACGGCAUUCUGCGGGAGCUGGGUGGUAGCAACCCUGACAACCUCAGGGAAUUCCAGGCUCGCUUCGCAUCGCCUGUUCGUCCUGGUGACAAGCUCACCACUGAGAUCUGGCGGAUGGGCAAUGUGCAGACUGAUGGCUUUGAGGAAAUCCGAUUCGUCACGAAGAACCAGAACGGCAAAGUUGUCUUGAGCAAUGGACGGGCUUUGCUGAAGGUUACUGGUGUAAAGAGCAAGCUGUAA